CACGCACGUGCAAUAUCCGACGCCAUUAUGCUGCGCCUAUACGCUGUAGCGUGCAUCCUUGGCACCUCUGAGGCAUUCACUGCGCGCACCUUGAAAUCCGGAGCAAAACGCACGAAUGCUGCGCGUUGCACCACCAUCAUGAGCGGCUUGAUUGGCUUUGCCACGAUGAGCGGCACGAUCCAGUGCAGAUUGAACGCUUCACAUUGCAGGCGCGGGGCAGCAUUGCUCCAUGCCGCGUUUUGCAGACGUUCGGAACGAAUUUUUCAUUUGACGUCGCGGACACGCCCGCCCGCAGGCAACACGGAGCGCAUCGCGGGCUACAUCGGCGACGCGACGGGCAUCAGCCCGACGCCCAUCGCCGACGUCAGCGCGGCGGACUUGGAGGCGGCGGACUGCAUCAUCUGCGGCGCGCCGACCUGGAACACGGGCGCCGACGACAUGCGCUCCGGUGAGUAACCACCUACACCGCGCCGUCGACGCUACGCUCACGCAGGCACGGACAUCGACGACUGGCUCUACAGCGAGCUGCCGAACGCGGACCUCAGCGGGAAGAAGGUCGCGCUCUUCGGCCUCGGCGACAGCGCGGGCUACUCGGGCAACUUCUGCGACUCCGUCGACACCUGUGUGGAAAUCAAACAGUGAGCUAGGUUAUGCAAUCUCGCGUCGAUGGCGUGGGAUCUACACGCCAUCGAGCAGAUGCAGUUCCGAGGACGACGUCGCGUCGAUGGGCGUGGGGCGUCCGAAAUUUGAUUUUCACACAGGUCGGCGAGCUCUACGACUGCUUCACGGCGCGCGGCGCGACGGUCGUCGGCUUCACGGACCAGGACGGCUACGACCACUACGACUCCAAGGCCAUCCGCGACGACAAGUUCUGCGGCCUCAUGUGCGACGAGCAGAACCAGAUGGACCAGAGCGAGGACCGCGCGACGGCCUGGGUGGAGCAGCUCAAGGCGGAGGGCAUGCCGCUCUAGGGAGUAAGAGUG